CAAAACACCUCACUCGACCGCCGCUCGCUUUUCCUUCUCACAGGGCUCUCAAAAAACUAAUCGCCAUCUCUGAUUCAAAAUUAAGCAAAAUCCCCACCGGAAGUUAAUAACUUUUAUUCAAUUCGGAAACACUGAUUGCUCCAAUUUCCCCCCUUUUUCCAUUAAUUUGUUCUGUUCAUUGAAUCGACGUAGCCAUGCCGCCAAAGGCAUCGAAGGCCGACUUGGCGAAGAAGCAGAAGGUUGUGGAGGACAAAACCUUCGGGCUCAAGAACAAGAACAAGAGCAAGAACGUCCAGAAGUACGUCCAGAAUCUCAAGCAGGCAGUCCAGCCCAAAGUAGACCCAGCCAAAGCCAAGAAAAAGAAAGAGGAAGAGAAAGCAAAAGAGAAGGAGCUCAAUGAUUUGUUUAAGGUUGCUGUUAGUCAGCCGAAAGUGCCAGCUGGUGUUGAUCCCAAGUCUAUAUUAUGCGAGUUUUUCAAGUUUGGGCAAUGUACCAAGGGAUUCAAGUGCAAGUUUUCGCAUGACUUGAAUGUCCAGAGGAAGGGUGAAAAGAUUGAUAUUUACAGUGAUAAGCGUGAUGAUGAAGACACUAUGGAGGAUUGGGAUCAAGCGACAUUGGAAAAGGUUGUGGAGUCAAAGAAGAAUGAGUAUAACCAGAAUAAGCCCACUGAAAUUGUUUGCAAACACUUCUUAGAUGCAGUGGAAAAGAAACAGUAUGGUUGGUUUUGGUCUUGUCCAAAUGGUGGAAAAGAGUGCCACUAUAGACAUGCUCUUCCUCCUGGUUAUGUUUUGAAAUCUCAGAUGAAGGCACUUCUUGAUGAGGAGGCUGAAAAAGUUGCCAUUGAGGAUGAAAUUGAAAAUCAGCGUGCAAAAGUAACAACCAUUACUCCAAUGACCACUGAGUUGUUCAUGCAAUGGAGGAAUAAAAAGACAGAAGAGAAAGAGGCUGGCUUGGCUGCACAACGAGCUGAGAGGGCUAAGAAUGACCGCAUGAGUGGUCGUGAGUUGUUUCUUUCAGAUGCUAGUGUGUUUGUGGAUGAUGCUGAAGCAUAUGAAAAAUACCAAAGACAAGAUCCUGAGGCUUCUGAAGAGAAGGCCAAAGACAACUCAGCAGCAGGAGGAGGACCAAGCGCCUCUACUAGUGCUGCUGGUUCUGAAGUCCCCGUCAAUAAUGAUAAUGAAGACGAUGAUGAUGAUGAUGACGACGAGUUGGACUUGGAUGAGUUAAAUGAACUUGAAGCAAGUUUGUCAAAAACAUCCAUUCAGAUACGGGAGCCCGGUAUAGAGACAUCUUGAAGAGGGGGAGAGAGUACUGUUGACAGUUUGCUUGUUGGGGCUGGGGCCGAAAGAGACGAGAUAUCGAGAAAUGAGAGAGGAAAUAAUGUAUUAUUCAUCCUGAGAUGCUGUCUUUAUGCUAAAUUCUUGGUGUUCUGGAUUUGACUUGGUGUUUUAUGCAAGAAAAAAAAAAUCCAAAUUUUGAUUAA